AUGGUCGUCGCAUUUAUUGUACCAUCAUCAAACAGCAAUAAUACAAUGCGUACGACAGAAAAUCGAAUAUGUUCAGCAUGUUCAGAACCAAUUGGUGAUAAAUUUUUAUUAGAAGUAUCUGGACGAUCAUGGCAUGUACAUUGUUUACGAUGCAGUAUAUGUCAAUUACAAUUGGAUCGACAACCAUCUUGUUUUAUUAAAGAUCAUCAAGUUUAUUGUAAACAGGAUUAUGCAAAAAGUUUUGGCGCCAAAUGUUCUGUAUGUUGUCGUGGUAUAUCAGCAAGUGAUUGGGUACGAAAAGCUCGUGAUCAUGUUUAUCAUUUAGCAUGUUUUGCAUGUGCUGCAUGCCAUCGACAAUUAAGUACUGGUGAAGAAUUUGCCUUACACGAGGAUCGAGUAUUAUGUAAAGCGCAUUAUUUAGAAACGUUAGAUGGAGGAACCACCUCAUCGGAUGAUGGCUGUGAUGCUGAAGGAUAUCAUAAAAAUAAAGCGAAACGUGUCCGUACUACAUUUACUGAAGAACAACUACAAGUAUUACAAGCAAAUUUUCAAUUAGAUUCAAAUCCUGAUGGUCAAGAUUUAGAACGAAUUGCUCAAAUAACUGGUUUAAGUAAAAGAGUUACACAAGUCUGGUUUCAAAAUUCACGUGCACGACAAAAAAAACAUUUUAAUACUGGCAAAAUGAAGACGCAAUUAAAUAAUGUACGUGAAAUAGAAAGUUGUAGUUUUGGUCGACAUAUUAAUUUACAAUUAACAUAUUCAUUUCAAUCACAUCAGGAAUGUUCUAAAACACCAUCUCUAGUCUCACAGCAUGAUUCGUCAAUCGAUGAAUUAUCCCAAGAUUCAACAUUACAUUGUAUGCAAGGCGAAAUUUAAAAGUAUCCGC